AUGGCACUGCUCGUGGACAAGCUCCGCCCACGCUCCCUCGAUGCCCUCACAUAUCACCAAGACCUCUCUAGCCGCCUCGAAGCACUGGCAUCCAGUCCCGACUUCCCGCACACGCUCUUCUACGGCCCCUCCGGCGCGGGCAAAAAGACCAGAAUCCUCGCUCUCCUCCGCUCCAUCUACGGUCCGGGUGUAGAAAAGAUCAAGAUUGACGCGCGAGUCUUCGCAACCAGCUCGAACCGCAAACUCGAAUUCAACAUCGUCAGUUCAGUCUACCAUCUCGAGAUCACCCCGAGCGACGUCGGCAACUACGACCGGGUGGUGAUCCAAGAACUCCUCAAAGAAGUCGCACAAACCCAACAGGUCGAUCUGAAUGCACGCCAACGCUUCAAAGUCGUCGUCAUCAACGAAGCCGACUCUCUCACCCGAGACGCCCAAGCGGCAUUGAGGCGAACAAUGGAGAAAUACAGCGCCAACGUGCGCCUGAUCCUCCUCGCCAACUCCACAGCCGGCAUCAUCGCCCCCAUCCGCUCCCGCACCCUGCUGAUUGCUCCGUCCUCCACAACGCCACCACGACGCAAAAAUGGAAACACAUCCCCGCCCUGA